AUGUACGAAACUAUACUUGAACUUGUCGGAUUUAUCGUAUGGGGAUUCAUUUGCUCCAAGAUAAUCCACCUGUUUUGGCCCUUGAAUUCGGCACCAAAGCCGUCACCUGAAACACCCGCUUCGGCAAUAAACACCGACGGAAUUCGGAGUGGGCCAUCAAGACAAUCAGAACAGCAACAAACGGCGACAGAUUCCGAUUAUUUGUUGUUAAAUUCAAAAGAUCAGACUGAAGUAAAUGAGAAAAAAAUCCAUGAGCAAUUUGAUAUUCCGGGAACAAUCCCGGAGAGAACUCUGAACCAAAUUCUGGAUACAUUCCAAGAAAAAAUCCAAGAGACAAUACCGGACAAGAUUCCGGAGCCAAUACCUGAGAGAAUCCCAGUAACAACUGCUUCCGCAAUAAACGCUGGUUUGAAUGGGCCGAGCCAACCUGAAUUUCAGUCUGAAAAACAACACACGAUAAUAACAACAGACGAUAAUUUGUUGCUGAAUUCAAAAACCUUGACUGACGAAAGUGAGAAAAAAGUCCAUGAGCAAGUUAAGAUUCCGGUUGAGAAACUGGAAGCAGUGCCGGAAGGAAUACCGGAAAAAAUCCCGGAUACUUUCCAAGAGAAGAUUACAGAAAAAAUUCCGGAGACUAUUAACCCGACGCAAGACCGAUAUUUUGAUUAUCCACUAUCAUUCUACUACAUCAAAUCUUCUCAUAAUACCUAUCUUCUGGGCAACCAGCUCAUCGGAGAGAGCACCAUAGAGGCUUAUCAACGUGCCAUCUCAAACAAGGUACGAUGCCUUGAGCUGGAUCUACACGACGGCUAUAAUGGACCUGUUAUAUAUCAUGGCUGGACUUUAACGUCAAAAAUAAGCGCAGUUGACGUCUUAAAAGACAUUGCUGCAAAUUACCAAAAAGAUGACCUACCAUUGAUUUUGGACCUCGAAGAUCAUCUAAGUGACUUUCAAAGAAAUUACCUGAAACGAGAAAUGCUGGAUAUUUUUAAAGAUUCUUUGUACUUACAAGAUAGUAAAGAAUUCAAAAGUCUACCUUCUCCCAACGAACUAAGGGGGAAGAUUAUAGUGUUGGCCGACAAAAAAAAAUGGGGCUCUCUGGUUAACAUUUGUCAAAAAGACGACCACCAGCAUGGUGACAUCUUCAGCAAUAGAAAUGUCACCGUAGUUUCAUCGCUGUCGGAACACACAUUCAAAGGGAUAUUAAAGUCAUUAAAAGUAAAAAUUGUCGACCGAAUAUUUGGAGGAUCCGGAAACAUUAACCUCGAGCGAUUCAGGGACGUGACCAAACGUCGAUUGAUUCGGGUAUAUCCUGGCGCAGACCGGCAGUUUUCGGGCAAUUAUAACCCAAUUUCGGCAUUGAAUGCUGGAUGCCAACUGGUGGCACUGAACGUCCAAACCAGAGACUCGCACUUGGCCGUAUACGACAGCUUAUUUCGAGAAAACGGAAACACAGGUUUCGUCCUAAAACCCGCUACGCUAUUGAACCCAGGAGUUUCUGCCAACAACAAAAGGAGAAUAUCAAUCAAAGUUAUCAAAGGGAAAAAUCUAACAACCAGCAAGAAAGUGAUAGAGACAUAUGUUAGUCUACGUAUCGAAGGAGUAAAAGCAGACGAAAAGAAAAAUCGCACGAAAACAGCCAAAAGUGCAGACGGGAUAAAUUCUGAAUGGAAUCAAACUUUGCAAUUUGAUGUGACGAGGUCGGAACUCGAUUUCUUAGUCAUUAAGGUCAAAGAAACGCAAUACAUGGGCCUAAAAAAUCACACCAUUGGAACUCACGCUAUACCGAUAGCAAACCUGACAGAAGGCUUACAAACUGUUCCACUAGAGGAUAAAUUUCUAAGAAAUCUCAAUGCAAGCAUCAAAGUGGAAAUAAGCAUCAAAGACCUGACUUGA